AUGGCUAGUCCCGAUGGAUCGUCGGAUUUUCGAUUGGAGUACAUCGGAGCUUUCGUACAGAAAUCGUUGAAAUUGAAACCGGAAAAAUGGGGGAGAUUGCUGCUCACGGAGGAAUACAGAAACGCUGUGCACGAUUUCCUCGAUAAUCCUUUGCCGGCUGCGCUUUUCGUCGCUUUGACGCCGAACGCGCAAUUGGUGGCUUGCACCUCGUUUCCUAUACCGUGUCAAAGGACCAAAGGUAUUUACGCGGUGAAGGUGGAGCAGAUGCCGUUGCCCAAGGACGAGGAGGCUUGUUCAUCGAUGCUCAUUCUGGGCGAUCUGUCCUCUCGGGUCGUCGAUCAAUUAGCCACUUUGAUCGACAAUAUCUUCGCUCCUCUGUUGAGCAAAGCGGAGAACCACAAGGAACUGCCUGACGUCGCGAUUCAGGAUAUCUGUAGACACGUUCAUUCCCUUCGUGGUACCUUGUACCAAGUGAAAGGUCAGGUGAACGGCAGGACCGUCCUCCCAAUGCCAGCCGGGAUGGAGAAGGUGACGGAAGUGGAGAAGCUGGUGCGAGCGGACGGGCCUCAAGCCGUCGAUCCGUAUUUGAAGAGCGCGAUCGAGGGUGUGGUGAUAAAGUGGGCCUACUUGGUGAACGAUGUUGUCACUCAGGAAUCCAGCGCCGCCUUCGAGAAUGGGCAAAAUCCGACACCCGAUGUCGAACUCGACUACUGGUCUACCAGGCUAGCUAAUUUAAGAUACAUUUACGACCAAUUACAAGAGGAUCGGGUGAAGAAGAUGGCGAACAUUCUUGAAACGACGGACAGCGCUUAUUUUCCUUGUUUCCGCACCCUGUUCGACAACGUGGUGUCCUCGAUGGCCGAGGCGAAGGAGAUAUCCCUGUAUCUGUCUCCGUUGGCCAAAUGUUUCAAAGCUGUGGAGGAGGCCGACUUCUCCGAGGCUAAGUCGUUAAUGGCCACGCUGAUACACUCGGUCGGAUUGGCCUGGUCGAAAUCCACCUACUAUCAAAGUUCCUCCAAAGUGAUCAUCAUGCUUCGACAGAUUUGCAACCUGUUGAUACAGGAGGCACGCCGUUUCCUCGAUCCGACCUCCAUCUUCCAGAGCGACGUGGACGAGGCUGUUCAACGCGUGCAGAUAUGUCGAGGUUCGAAUCCUCGCGUGCACGAUCCCUUCCUUCCCGUGAAAAACGAAGAAAUUUUUUUCGCAGAUGUGUUGCAAGAGUUUCGAGGGCAGUUCGAGUCGAGGAAAGACAUGCCGGCGAUGAAACCGCACGCGCCACCGUGGUCCUUCAAUCCGAGCGCUGUUUUCACCCGUUUCGACGCAUUUCUCGGACGGUUGAACGAUAUCGAGUGGUUGUUCAACACCGUGAUGGAAUUCUCCAAGUUGGAGAAAAUAGAAAUAGGCGGGAUUCAAGGCGGAUCUCUGAGCGCGAGGAUCGUGAACGUGUACAAGGAGUUCCAGCAUCUGUUCGUGUCUUUCACCGUGCGCUCGAACGAUGCCCUCGAGCCGGACGACCAAUCGUUCACGGAGAACUGUGCCAAGUUCAACGAGUCGAUCACGGAUCUCGACAGCAAAUUGGCGGCCAUACUUUGCCAAGCUUUCGACGAUUGUGGAAAUCUCGAGAGCAUAUUCAAGUUGAUAAAUAUCGCGGGAACGGUUUUGGACAGGCCGGUGAUAAGCAAACAAUUCACGAAUCGUUACUCCAAGAUCUUGGAAUUGUUGAACGUCGAGCUGACCGUGGUCGAGGUGUUGUUCAAUCGCGGAACCAGGGGCGCUUUGAUCGAUCUCCCGCCCCUGGCCGCCGCCUUGACGUUCAUCAACAUGCUCAGGCAACGCGUCGAUCUCCCUGUUCAAUCUUUCAAGGCUGUUCAACACCCAAUAGUGAGCAGCGAGGAGGGCCUGCGUGUAGAGAAACGUUACGAAAGAUUGAUCAAGAUCUUCAGCGAUAAGGAGACCGAAUUGUUCACGGAAUGGGCAGCGACCGUACCCGAAACGGUCCACGUCGGCCUGAAUCGCAAUAUUCUGUCCCGCGAGCCGGAUUCCACCACGUUGAUACUCAACUUCGAUCCCGAGCUUCUAGGCGUGUUGAAGGAGGUGAACUACUUGAAGCAAAUGUCCCGAUCAGACAUUCCCGAAGACGCGAUAAAGGUGUCGGAAAACGCGGAAACGUUCCGCAAGUUUCGCGCGCUGUUGUGCGCCACAGUGUCCUCGUACAACAACAUCCGCAGGACGAGCAGGCAGGUUGAGUUUCGGCUGAUCGAGGACGAGAUAACCGGUAUCGAUUCGUUGGUGUCUCGCGGGGAGACGGAGCUGAGAUGGAACUCGGACGGCGUCCUCGAGUACAUCGUCGAGCUGGACGAGCUGGUGGAGGGGUUGUGGGGGCGGAUCAAAUCUACCCAGACGAACGUGGAGAAGAUCAAAGCGGUGCUGGACGCCUGGACGAGGACGCCUCUGAUCGAGAGGAAGGACCGUCGUAAGGACGGUUUAUUGUCGUUCGACGAGCGGCCAGAGAAAGUAUCGAGACGUUACGCCGAGGUGGAGAGGACCGCCGAGCAGAUUCAUUCGUUGCUCGAGGAGAAUAGGCAGCUUUUUCAAGUUUCCGAGGAAAUGGAGGAAGCUUGGCAGAGAUACGUGGCCUACGUCGAUGGGAUCGUGAUCGAGUCCCUUCGAAGGGCCGUAGGGUGCUCGUUAGGAUACUUGGUGGACAAUAUGGAGACGAAUGGGCACACCGAGCCUUUGUUAGAAGCAAAAUUGGAGCUCAGGGAACCGGAUCUCUAUUACGUGCCUUCGUUGGAACCGGAUGAUCCGGAUGGGCUCGAUCAGCUGGUAUCGGGCCUGUUGAACGACAUUAUCGGUAUGGCCGCGCUGGUGCCAAGGUUGAAAAAUAAUUCCGUAGGAUACGCCGAGGAAUUGGAGGAGGAUCUGGAUAUAAGAGGGAUGAAAAAUGAAGUUAUGAGCAACGUUGUAACCGCGAUCGAAGAAGCCACGGAAUUCUGCAACAAUUUCGAAGGAUACGCCUAUCUCUGGUUAGACGAUAGGGACACGGUGAUGCAACAGUUCCUCGACUACAGCCGACAAUUGACGAUGGAGGAAAUGGAGAUGGUGGCCGUGCAGGAUCCCAAGGGGCCGACACGGUCACCGCCGAAAAUGGAGCAAUUCCGCGAGCAAAUCGACCUUUACGAGGGCCUCUAUCUCGAGAUCGAGGAAAUGGAAGCGUCGAAAGUGUUUUGCGGCUGGUUCAGGGUAGACCUCAGACCCUUCAGGCACUCGGUGCUGAACAUGGUCUGCAAAUGGUCGAGCAUGUUCAAGAGACAUCUGGUCGAUCGCGUCACGACCAGCCUCUCGGAUUUGGGAUCGUUUAUAAGACGAGCGGACGAGGGUUUGCUUCAAUCGAUUCAUCCGGGAGACUAUGCCAGGCUCGUCAGUGUGAUGGGUUAUCUUUUGCAAGUGAAGGAGAGGCAACCGAUCACGGACGAGAUGUUCCAACCUCUGGAAGAGACGAUCGAAUUGCUUAAAUUUUACGAUCAAGAUAUCCCCGAAGAGGUGAACGUUCUACUCCAAGAAUUACCCGAGCAAUGGGCCAAUACGAAAAAAUUGGCGCUUAUGGUUAAACAACAAGUAGCACCGUUGCAAGCUGGCGAGGUAUCCAGGAUACGAGGACGAAUCUCGGCAUUCGACACAACGAUAACUCACUACAGGGAGGCGUUUCGACGUUACAAUUUCUUCAAAUACGAGUGUCAAAAUCCUUACGAAUUAAUGGACGAAAGUCACAAGGAGAUUGUAAUGUUGGAGCGGCAAAUGAAGGAUAUCCAAGAGUCCGCUUCCCUGUUCGAGGUGAUGGUGUCGGAGUUCAAAAUGUUGAAACAAUGCAGAAAGGAGUUGAAGAUGUUGAAGCAACUCUGGGACUACGUGAACAUAGUCAGAAGCUGUAUAGAAGGAUGGAAGACCACACCUUGGAGGAAAAUCGACGUGGAGAACAUGGACAUCGAGUGCAAGAAGUUCGCCAAGGAGAUACGAGCUCUGGACAAGGAAAUGAGAUCGUGGGACACUUUCGUAUCGUUGGAGGCAACGGUGAAGAAUAUGCUGACGUCCUUGAGAGCCGUGGCUGAGCUGCAGAACCCGGCCAUAAGGGAAAGACAUUGGAGACAAUUGAUGAACAGCACUAAGGUAAAAUUCGUCAUGGACGAGUCUACCACAUUGGCCGAUCUUCUCGAGCUGAAUCUGCACGACUGCGAGGAGGAAGUGAAGAACAUCGUGGACAAAGCCGUGAAGGAGAUGUCAAUGGAGAGAUAUAUGAAGGAAUUGAACGUCAUCUGGUCGAAAAUGGAAUUCGAGAAGGAGAUUCAUGCUCGAACCGGCGCCACCUUGAUAAGAGCCAGCGAGGAAUUGAUCGAAACUCUGGAAGAAAACCAGGUACACUUUCCACGACGACGAAUUCACUCUUUCUAUAUCGACACUAUCUCCAUACAGGUCCAGCUGCAAAAUCUUAUCACCUCGAAGUUCAUCGCCCAUUUUCUGGAAGAGGUGUCCAGUUGGCAGCGGAAGUUGAGCAUCGCCGAUCAAGUGACCACUAUCUGGCUCGAAGUGCAACGAACUUGGACGCAUCUGGAGAGCAUCUUCACCUCGUCCGAGGAUAUACGUAGGCAACUGCCAACGGAUGCCGAGAGAUUCGACAAGAUCGACAAGGAAUUCAAGCAAAUGACGGAGGAACUAGCGAGAACGUUGAACGUAGUUGAAGCGACGAACAAAGAUGGCCUCGCGUCCUCCCUGGACAUCCUCCAAAAGGAAUUGGUCCUCUGCGAGAAAGCGUUGGCCGAAUACUUGGAGACGAAACGUUUGGCGUUCCCGAGAUUCUACUUCGUUUCGUCCAGCGAUCUGUUGGAUAUCCUGUCGAAUGGAAAUCAGCCCGAGGUGGUGGCCAAGCAUCUGACGAAACUGUUCGAUUCCAUGGCCCGAUUGAAAUUCGAUGACGCGGCUGCUUCCUCGCCGAGGCGCGUAUCGGGUAUGUACGCGAAGGACGGAGAGUACGUGGAAUUCGCGAACUGCGAGAUGAGCUGCGAAGGAGCGGUAGAAGCAUGGUUGAAUCAUUUGCAACGAGUGAUGAGGAUCACCAUGAGACACUACUUCGGCGAGGCGGUGGUAACGUACGAGGAAAAACCUCGAGAGCAAUGGUUGUUCGACUAUCCGGCCCAAGUCUCUCUGUGCACCACACAAAUUUGGUGGACCACCGAGGUGAACAUCGCGUUUGCAAGAUUGGAGGAGGGGUACGACAAUUCCUUGAAGGAUUAUCUGAAGAAACAGAUCUCCCAAUUGAGCACGCUGAUCACGCUGCUGAUCGGAGAGCUGACGAAACAGGAGAGGCAGAAAGUGAUGACCAUCUGCACGAUAGACGUGCAUUCUAGGGACGUGGUGGCCAAGCUGGUGCAGUCCAAGGUGGAGACGUCGCAGGCGUUCCAAUGGCAGAGUCAAUUACGCCACCGUUGGGACGAGAAGGAGAAGGAUUGCUUUGCCAAUAUUUGCGACGCGCAGUUUAAAUACUCUCACGAAUAUCUGGGGAAUACACCCAGGUUGGUCAUAACUCCACUGACGGACAGAUGUUACAUAACCCUGACUCAGUCCCUUCAUUUGAUCAUGGGUGGCGGGCCGGCGGGUCCCGCUGGAACCGGAAAAACAGAGACAACCAAGGAUCUGGGCAGAGCUCUGGGCAUAAUGGUGUACGUGUUCAACUGUUCGGAGCAGAUGGACUACAAAUCGUGCGGCAAUAUAUACAAAGGACUGGCGCAGACCGGCGCCUGGGGCUGUUUCGACGAGUUCAAUCGGAUCACGGUCGAGGUGUUGUCGGUGGUCGCGGUGCAGGUGAAAUCGAUUCAGGAUGCCAUCAGACACAAGAAGGAGAAAUUCAACUUCAUGGGCGAGAUUAUCGGUUUGGAGCCUACGGUCGGUAUAUUUAUCACGAUGAAUCCAGGAUACGCGGGCCGCACGGAAUUGCCCGAGAAUUUGAAAGCUCUGUUCCGACCUUGCGCCAUGGUGGUGCCCGAUUUCGAGCUGAUCUGCGAGAUCAUGCUCGUCGCGGAGGGAUUCCAGGAUGCGAAAAUCCUGGCCAGAAAGUUCAUCACGUUGUACACGUUGUGCAAAGAGUUGUUGUCGAAGCAGGAUCAUUACGAUUGGGGAUUGCGCGCGAUAAAGUCGGUCCUGGUCGUUGCGGGAAGUCUGAAGAGGGGAGAUCCAGGAAGGCCGGAGGAGCAAGUGCUGAUGAGAGCCCUUCGAGACUUCAACAUUCCCAAAGUGAUAUCCGACGAUCUGCCCGUGUUCAUGGGCCUGAUAGCCGAUUUGUUCCCCGCGUUGGACGUUCCGCGGAAACGAGACGCGGAGUUCGAGAAGAUGGUGAAGCAGGCUGCGACCGAUUUGUCGUUGCAGCCGGAAGAUGGCUUCAUCCUGAAAGUGGUCCAAUUGGAGGAGCUGUUGGAGGUGAGGCAUUCGGUUUUCAUCGUGGGCAUCGCGGGAUCCGGCAAGACCCAGGUGUGGAAAUCACUAUUCAGAACGUAUCAGAACAUGAAGAGGAAGCCUGUCUACAACGAUCUGAAUCCAAAGGCGGUGACCAACGACGAAUUGUUCGGGAUAAUCAAUCCUGCGACCAGGGAGUGGAAGGAUGGCCUGUUCUCGGUGAUAAUGAGAGAGCAGGCCAAUCUAGGGGGCGAGAAUCCAAAGUGGAUCGUUUUGGACGGUGACAUCGAUCCUAUGUGGAUCGAGUCGUUGAACACCGUGAUGGACGACAACAAAGUAUUGACUUUGGCCAGCAACGAGAGGAUAGCCCUCACACCCGUCAUGAGAUUGCUCUUCGAGAUUUCCAAUUUGAAGACAGCCACACCAGCCACCGUGUCCAGGGCUGGUAUCCUCUACAUAAAUCCUCAAGACUUGGGCUGGAAUCCAUACGUGACCAGCUGGGUGGAGAAGAGAACGUCACCCGUAGAGAGAUCUAAUUUGGUAAUACUGUUCGACAAGUACAUACCUCCCUGUUUGGAGACGUUGAGGACCAGGUUUAAAAAGAUUACCCCGAUCGCGGAUAUGGCUCACGUGGAGAUGCUCUGCCAUCUCCUUCACUGUCUUCUAAAGCCGGAAUUAACUUCCGCCGACUUUUUGAAAGAGCACUACGAACUUUACUUCGUUUUUGCCGCCGUCUGGGCGUUCGGAUCUUCCAUGUUCCAAGAUCAGUUGAUCGACUAUCGGCUGGAAUUCAGCAAAUGGUGGGUGAACGAGUUCAAGCAGAUUAAAUUCCCCUCCCAGGGCACAGUGUUCGAUUAUUACGUCGAUUCCGAGACGAAGAGCUUCGUUUCGUGGAUGCAACGUUUGCCAAAGUUCGAGUUGGAUCCAGAAAUGCCGUUGCAAGCUGUUCUGGUCUACACAGCGGAGUCUAUCAGAAUCAGAUACCUCUUGGACUUGCUCACGGCCGAAAAACAUCCGGUGAUGUUAGUCGGAACGGCCGGUUGCGGGAAAACCGUCCUGGUAGCCGAGAAACUUUUGCAAUUGCCCGAGAAUUACUCGGUGUCCAAUAUUCCCUUUAAUUUUUACACCUCGUCGGAGAUGUUGCAGAAGAUUUUGGAGAAAUCGUUGGAGAAGAAAGCCGGCCGAAAUUACGGUCCACCGGGGAACAAGACUCUGGUCUACUUCAUCGACGACAUGAAUAUGCCCGAGGUGGACCCCUACGGGACCGUCCAACCGCACACUUUGAUACGCCAACAUCUGGAUUACGGCCACUGGUACGAUAGAACGAAGCUUACCCUCAAGGAUAUUCACAAUUGUCAAUAUAUCGCUUGCAUGAAUCCUACGGCUGGAUCAUUCACCAUUAAUCCCAGGCUGCAGAGACAUUUCUCCGUGUUUGCGGUCAGUUUUCCCAAUAUCGAAUCUCUCACGAUUAUUUAUUCGUCCAUUUUGAGGCAACAUUUGUCCAACAUCGAACACAGAUUUCCCAUUUGUGUAACCGAAUUGUGCAACAACAUCGUGCAAGCAUCGAUCCAGCUACAUCACCGCUGCGCCCAAAUGUUCCUUCCAACAGCGGUCAAGUUCCACUACAUCUUCAAUCUUCGUGACUUAUCGAACUGCUUCCAAGGAUUAUUGUUCAGCGGGAACGAGUGCCUCCAAUCUUCCACGGACUUGAUGAGACUCUGGUUCCACGAGACGCAAAGAGUUUACGGCGACAAAUUGAUCGACGAGAAAGAUAUAGAGAGCUUCUCCAAACUGCAACUGGACAUCCUGAAGAAGAACGUGGAGGAGAUAGACGAGAGCGCCAUUUUGGAGAAGCCCAACAUCUACUGCCACUUCGCAGGUGGAGUCGGGGAGCCAAAGUACAUGGCAGUGAAGGAUUGGUCGACCCUGCACCGAUUGUUAUCGGAAGCGAUGGUCAGUUACAACGAUCUGGUGGCGGCGAUGAACCUGGUGCUGUUCGAGGACGCCAUGAUGCACGUGUGCCGGAUAAACAGGAUCCUGGAGUCGCCUAGGGGCAGCGCGCUCCUCGUCGGCGUAGGCGGUUCCGGCAAACAGAGUUUAUCGCGAUUGGCCGCGUUCAUAAGCUCGCUGGAGGUGUUCCAAAUUCAGUUGAAGAAGGGUUAUGGGAUCGCCGAUAUGAAGUUGGAGCUCGCCGUCCUGUACAACAAGUCGGGAUUGAAGAAUCUCGGCAUCGUGUUCCUGAUGACCGACGCCCAAGUGGCGAACGAACAGUUCCUCGUCCUGAUCAACGACAUGCUCGCUUCUGGCGAGGUUCCAGACCUCUUCGCCGAGGACGAGGUCGAGAAUAUAAUAGCAGGGGUGCGUAACGAGGUGAAGGGCGCCGGUAUGCUAGACACCCGCGAGAAUUGUUGGAAGUUCUUCAUCGACCGUGUCCGCCGCCAGCUUCGUACGGUUCUCUGCUUCUCCCCGGUCGGAUCCACUUUAAGGAUACGCUCGAGGAAAUUCCCCGCCAUAAUAAAUUGCACGGCGAUAAACUGGUUCCACGAAUGGCCGCAAGAAGCUUUGAUGUCUGUGUCGAAGAGGUUUCUGCAGGAGUUGGACCAACUUCCGGAGACUUACAGGGAGCCGGCAGCGAAAUUUAUGGCCCACGCUCACACGAGCGUGAACGCGGCGAGCAGGCAUUAUUUGGCCAGCGAGAGGAGGUACAACUACACCACGCCGAAAUCCUUCCUCGAGCAGAUCAGUUUGUACACGAGGCUGUUGAAAACGAAGGCGAGCGAGCUUCGCGGCCGGGUGGCGAGGCUCGAGAAUGGAUUGGAGAAGCUUCGCUCGACGGCGGUGCAGGUGGAUAAAUUGAAGGAGAAGCUGGCGAUGCAGGAGUUGGAGUUGCAGCAGAAGAACGAGGCGGCCGAUACUCUGAUCGCGAUCGUCGGCGUCGAGACGGAGAAGGUGCAGAAGGAGAAGGCUAUAGCCGACGAGGAGGAAUCGAAGGUCGCCAUAAUAGCGGAGGAGGUAUCGAAAAAGCAGAAGGACUGCGAGAUGGAUUUGAUGAAGGCAGAGCCGGCCCUGUUGGCCGCCCAAGAGGCUCUGAACACCCUGAACAAGGCGAAUUUGACGGAAUUGAAGUCGUUCGGCUCGCCACCGGGGGCAGUAACGAACGUAACUGCCGCCGUGAUGGUCCUUCUGGCACCGGCUGGCAAGAUACCCAAGGACAGAAGUUGGAAAUCCGCCAAGAUCAUGAUGGCCAAGGUCGACACCUUCCUCGACUCUCUGAUCAAUUACGACAAGGAAAAUAUCCAUCCGGAAGUGAUCAAGGCGAUCCAGCCUUACCUAAAGGACUCGGAAUUCGAGCCGGAGUUCGUGAGAUCGAAAUCGGCUGCGGCCGCCGGUCUCUGCGCAUGGGUGAUCAACAUCAUCAAGUUCUACGAGGUGUUCUGCGACGUGGAGCCGAAGAGGAAGGCGUUGGCGCAGGCGAACGCGGAAUUGGCCGCCGCGCAGGAGAAGCUGGUCGUGAUCAAACGGAAAGUGGCGUCGUUGGAGGAGCAAUUGGCGAAGCUGACGGCGGAUUUCGAGCAGGCUACGUCCGAGAAGCUCAAGUGUCAGGAGGAGGCCGACGCGACCAACGCCACGAUUGUUCUUGCCAACAGGCUGGUCGGUGGUUUGGCGUCGGAGAACGUGCGAUGGGCAGACUCCGUGGCCACUUUCAUGCAACAAGCGUCCACGCUGCCGGGCGACGUUCUCCUGGUCACAGCCUUCAUAUCCUACGUCGGUUGCUUCACCAAACAAUUUCGCCACGAUCUGUUGCACAAGCAGUGGCUACCGUUCUUGCGUGGCGCGGAGCCGACCAUUCCUAUCACGGAGGGCUUGGAUCCCUUGUCGUUACUCACGAACGACACUCGGAUAGCCAAGUGGAACAACGAAGGAUUGCCCAACGAUAGAAUGUCGACGGAAAACGCCACCAUCCUGACGAACUCGGAUCGAUGGCCCCUGAUGAUCGAUCCUCAGCUGCAGGGUAUCAAAUGGAUCAAACAGAGAUACGGGGAGGAACUUCGCGUGAUCAGGUUGGGGCAGAGGGGUUACUUGGACGUGAUCGAGCAAUGCCUGGCAACCGGGUCGACCGUCCUCGUCGAGAACAUCGGUGAAACGGUGGAUCCCGUGUUGGAUCCGCUGUUGGGCAGAAACUUGAUCAAGAAGGGGCGGGCGAUCAAGAUCGGGGACAAGGAGGUCGAGUACAAUCCUCUGUUCAGAUUAUUAUUGCACACGAAGCUGGCCAAUCCCCAUUACAAGCCCGAGAUGCAGGCCCAAACUACCCUGAUUAAUUUCACGGUAACGAGGGACGGCCUCGAGGAUCAAUUACUCGCGGAGGUGGUGAAGGCCGAGCGGCCGGAUCUCGAGGAGUUGAAGGCCGAGCUCACCAGACAGCAGAACGAUUUCAAGAUCACGCUCAACAGUUUGGAGGAUUCCCUCUUGUCGAGAUUGUCGUCGGCGGGCAGCAACGUGUUGGAGGACACGUCGUUGGUGGAGAAUCUCGAGACGACGAAGAGGACCGCGGCGGAAAUCGAGUCGAAGGUGACGGAAGCCCGUGGCACGAGCCGUGAGAUCGACGCGGCCAGGGAAUUGUAUCGACCGGCGGCGGCCAGGGCGUCUCUCCUCUAUUUUAUCUUGAACGAUCUGAACACCAUCAAUCCAAUCUAUCAAUUUUCCCUGAAAGCUUUCAGCGUGGUGUUUCAAAAAGCCAUCUCGAGGGCCGACCCGGCCCCCGACGUGUCCGGGAGAGUGAAGAAUCUGAUCGAGUGCAUCACCUACUCCGUGUUCACGUACACGAGCAGGGGCUUGUUCGAGUGCGACAAACUUAUCUUCGCCUCGCAGAUGGCGUUUCAGAUACUGCUCGCGAGGAACGAGGUGACCGCCACCGAGCUGGAUUUCCUCCUACGCUUCCCCAUCACCCCUCACCUCACCUCCCCCGUGGAUUUCCUUUCCAACACCAGUUGGGGUGGAAUCAGGAGUCUCGCCAAUCGAGAAGAAUUUCGCAAUUUGGACAGAGACAUAGAGAGCUCGGCGAAGAGGUGGAAAAAGUUGGUGGAAUGCGAGUGCCCGGAGAGGGAGAAAUUCCCGCAGGAAUGGAAGAACAAGACGAUCGUUCAACGACUGUGCAUGCUGAGGGCGCUGCGACCGGAUAGAAUGACCUAUGCGAUCGCCGCGUUUAUCGAGGAGAAGCUUGGCCCGAGAUACGUGGAAGGUAGAACCGUCGAGUUCGCCAAAUCUUUCGAGGAAACUAGCCCUUCCACCCCUAUCUUCUUCAUCCUUUCUCCCGGCGUGAAUCCUCUCAAGGACGUGGAGGAUCUGGGACGUCGGAUGGGUUACACGUUGGAUAAUCAAAAUUUCCACAACGUGUCCCUGGGCCAGGGGCAGGAAACGAUCGCUGAGCGAGCUAUGGACGUGGCCGCGAAAAACGGGCAUUGGGUAAUCCUGCAGAAUAUCCAUCUCGUGAAGAAGUGGUUGCCGUUGUUGGAGAAAAAGUUGGAAAUAGCGGCGGACGGUUCCCACGAGGAUUACAGGGUGUUCAUGAGCGCUGAACCAGCCGGUACACCGGCAGGACACAUCAUCCCUCAAGGGAUCCUCGAGUCGUCGAUUAAGAUCACGAACGAGCCGCCCACCGGGAUGCAGGCGAAUCUUCACAAAGCGUUGGACAAUUUCACCCAGGAAACGUUGGAGAUGUGCAGCAAGGAGGCAGAGUUCAAGGUCAUUCUAUUUUCCCUCUGCUAUUUCCACGCGGUGGUCGCGGAGCGGAGGAAAUUCGGCCCGCAAGGUUGGAACAAAAUCUACCCUUUCAACGUGGGCGAUCUGCACAUAAGCGUGAGCGUGCUGUACAAUUAUCUGGAGGCAACGUCCAAGGUCCCUUGGGAGGACUUGAGGUAUCUUUUUGGAGAGAUUAUGUACGGCGGGCACAUAACCGACGAUUGGGACAGAAGGCUCUGCGUUUCUUACCUCGAGGAAUUGAUGCAACCCGAAUUGAUCGAUGGAGAGUUGAUGUUAGCACCCGGUUUCCCAGCCCCGCCCAACACCGAUUUAGCCGGGUAUCACGCGUACAUAGACGAGGCGAUGCCACCGGAAUCACCUUACCUAUACGGUUUGCAUCCGAAUGCGGAAAUAGGUUUUCUGACCAUGACCGCGGAAAAUUUGUUCAGAACGGUGUUCGAGAUGCAACCGAGGGACGCUGCCAGUUCCGGAAGUCAAACGGUGACCAGGGAGGAAAAGGUGAAGCAAAUGUUGGACGAAAUAAUGGAGAAACUUCCGGAGGAGUUCAACAUGGCCGAGAUAAUGGGUAAAGUGGAGGAGAGGACACCGUACGUGAUCGUGGCUUUCCAGGAGUGCGAACGAAUGAAUCACUUGACCACCGAGAUAAAACGCUCGUUACGCGAACUGGAUUUAGGCCUGAAGGGAGAAUUGACCAUCACUUCGGACAUGGAGGAUCUGGAGAACGCCCUGUUCCUCGACCAAGUGCCGCUCGUAUGGGCCAGCAGGGCUUAUCCAUCUUUGUUGGGGCUCGCCGCUUGGUUCGUCGAUCUGUUGUUGAGAAUCAGAGAAUUGGAAACUUGGUCUACAGACUUUGUGUUGCCACCAUCGGUUUGGUUAGCUGGAUUCUUCAAUCCUCAGUCGUUACUCACGGCUAUCAUGCAGUCGACAGCGAGAAGGCACGAACUUCCUCUCGAUAAGAUGUGUUUGCAAUGCGACGUGACGAAGAAACAAGAAGAGUUCACGGCUGCGCCCAGGGACGGCGCGUACAUCCACGGGAUCUUCAUGGAAGGGGCACGAUGGGAGGUGCAGUCGGGCGUCAUCGUCGACUCGAAGUCGAAGGAAUUGUUUCCUCCCAUGCCUGUGAUCAACGUGAGAGCGAUCACGCAGGACAAACAGGAUCUGCGCAACAUGUACGAGUGCCCUGUUUACAAAACGAGAACUCGAGGACCAACUUACGUGUGGACGUUCAAUCUGAAGACCAAAGACAAGCCCGCGAAAUGGACAUUGGCCGGUGUCGCUUUGCUCCUUCAAACUUGAAAACGAUACCAAAGUAUAAAUCGAGUAUAAAUCGAUAAUAAAUCUAAAUCUAGCCGAGGAAUUCUAUUUCCAUAAUCACAAUUAUUAUUAAACCCUCGUCCGUUUCGACGAUGCAAACGAAUUUUACCCAGCGAUCUAUUUUUUUUACAAAUCGAACGAAUCGAGCAGUUUGCUCUUUUUCCCCAUUAUACUCUACUCUCCCCUCUAUACCUCUAUAGAAACGUAUUAAAGAAAAGCAAACAACGGUCCAGAUAGAACGAUAAACAAAAAGGAAAGGAAAAAAAAAACAGAUAAUCGUGGAAGGGAAGAAUAAUUCGAGCGUAAAUCUCGAAGGACCCAUCGAACGGAUAUCAACGGGGUCGGCUAAUCGACCAGGAGUUAAUAAACCGUAAGACGGUGGAGAAUCGAGAUCCUUCUUCCUUCUUUCCUCCCUGCUAGAGAGAGAGAGAGAGAGAGAGAAAUCCCGAAAGAGGAAGAAAUUAUCCGUCAUUGGACGGAAAACAAA